AUGACUGUGAGUAAUGAUGGAACGCAGCAAAUGACAAAGCAAAAUGGAACGCAGCAAAUCGAACACAGUAGCAAUGGAACGCAGCAAAUCGAAUUCGGUAGCAAUGGAACGCAGCAAGCCAAACACAUAAAAAUGGGACGCAACAAACUCGAACACAGCAAAACUGAAACCAAUGAAACACAAAAAGAGCCGAUGCCACUCCCGGAAGCACAAAGUCCAUACACAUCAAUACAAAGCGAAGUCAAUGAGUUCCAAUACACGCGGCGCCACAACCAAUGA